CCUGUUUAUGUUGGUCACAGCCGUGAUUGCAGUCAGUUUGCUGAUGACAAUAUCGGUUUGAUUUCCAGUUUUCAUGUAGCUAAUUUCAGUCAUUCACAGUGAUAAUGAUUCCUUACACUGUGAAUAUUAAGCUUGCCGCACGGACGUUGACUGGCACGGUCAAUUUACAAAACAAAACCGCUGUCGAUUGGGGCUGGCAGGGGCUCAUCGCACAGGGCUGCCACUCCAGCAUCCUCAUCAUCGACCCCAAGACCGCCCAGACCAUCCAGGUGCUGGAGAGGCACAAGGCCAACGUCGUCAAGGUGAAAUGGUCGCGGGAGAACUACCACCACAGCCUGAGCGCUCCGUACUCCCUGCGGCUGGCCUCGGCCGACGCCGCCGGCAAGAUCAUCAUCUGGGACGUGGUGAGCGGCACGGCGCACUGCGAGAUCCAGGAGCACACCAAGCCCAUCCAGGACAUGGACUGGCUCUGGGCUCAGGAUGCAUCACGUGACCUCCUCCUGGCCAUCCACCCGCCCAACUACAUGGUCCUGUGGAACGCCGACACGGGCGCCAAGCUGUGGAAGAAGAGCUACGCCGAGAACAUCCUGUCCUUCUCCUUCGACCCCUGACCCAGCAACCUGGCCUUGCUGACGAGCGAGGGCAUUGUCUUCAUCACGGACUUCUCCCACUCCAAGCCCCCGGGCAGCGGCGGGAAGAAGGUGUACAUCGCCAGCCCUCACGCCAGCCCCGCCCACAACAAGCCCGCCGCGCCCACGGGCGCCAAGAAAGCGCUGAACAAGGUGAAGGUGCUGAUCACCAACGAGAAGCCCAGCGCAGAGGCAGUGACCCUGAACGACUGCCUGCAGCUGUCCUACCUGCCCUCCAAACGCCACCACAUGCUGCUGCUGUACCCCCGAGAGAUCCUCAUCCUGGACCUGGAGCUCAGCCAGACCGUGGGCGUGGUGGCCAUCGAACGCUCCGGGGUCCCCUUCAUACAGGUGGUGCCGUGUGCUCAGAGGGAUGCUCUGUUCUGUCUCCAUGAGAACGGCUGCAUCACUCUCCGCCUGUGCCGCUCCACUGCAACCUCCACCGACGAAUCAGACCCAGAGCAGAGCGUGCAGGAGCUGGUGUACGACCUGCGCUCGCAGUGUGAUGCCAUCCGCGUGACCAAAACCGUGCGCCCGUACCGCGUGGUCAUCUGCCCCGUCAACGAGAACAGCGCCGCCCUGGUGGUCAGCGAUGGCAGGGUCAUGAUGUGGGAACUCAAGGCCCAUGUGGUCAAGACCCCCGUCAACCUCAGUUCUGGGCUGUCACCGCUGUACUCUCCAGGUUCGUUCGGCAGUACUCCUCUGGGUCAGAACCAGAAAAAGAUCCUGGAUCUGUCCCUCAACACCAUGAUCGGUCAGAGUUUGGUUUCGGGAAGCGAACCCGCGUCCCUCCCGGCGCCGCAGGAGGUGCAGCUGAAGUUCCUCCUGACCGGGCUCCUCUCCGGAUUGCCCCUGCCCCCCUUCGCCCUGCGAAUGUGCCCCCCCCUCACCACCAAGAACAUCAACCACUAUCAGCCCCUACUGGCCGUGGGUACCAGCACCGGCUCUGUGCUGGUGUACAACCUGACCGGUGGCCUGCUGCACAAGGAGCUGAGCGUGCACUCCUGUGAAGUCAGGGGCAUUGAGUGGAUCAGCCUCACCAGCUUCCUGUCCUUCGCUACGUCAGCACCCAACAACCUGGGCCUGGUGAGGAACGAGCUGCAGCACGUCGACCUGCCCACAGGGAGGUGCUUUGCAUUCCGGGGCGAUCGAGGGAAUGAUGAACCACCAAUCGAGAUGAUUAAAGUUUCCCAUCUGAAGCAGUACCUGGUGGUGGUGUUCAGAGACAAGCCCCUGGAGCUGUGGGACGUGAGGACCGGGACUCUGCUGAGGGAGAUGGCCAAGAACUUCCCCACUGUGACUGCACUGGAGUGGUCUCCCUCUCAUAACCUGAAGAGUCUGAAGAAGAAGCAGCUGGCUGCCAGAGAGGCCAUGGCGAGGCAGACGGUGUCGGACGCUGAGCAGAGCAGCGUGGAGUCCUCUGUCAUCAGCCUCCUGCAGGACGCAGAGAGCAAGGCUGAGCUGAGUCAGGGCAUCUCGGCGCGAGAGCACUUCGUCUUCACCGACACGGACGGCCAGGUCUACCACAUCACCGUGGAGGGCAACAACGUGAAGGACGGGGCUCGAAUCCCGCCCGACGGCAGUAUGGGUAGCAUCGCCUGCAUUGCCUGGAAGGGCGACACACUGGUCCUGGGGGAUGUGGACGGGAACCUGAACUUCUGGGACCUGAAGGCCCGUCUGUCCAGGGGUAUCCCCACACACAGGGGCUGGGUGAAGAAGCUGCGCUUCGCCCCGGGGAAGGGCAACCAGAAGCUGCUGGUGAUGUACACGGAUGGCACCGAGGUGUGGGACACCAAGGAGGUGCAGAUGGUCAGCAGUCUCCGUGUGGGCCGGAACGUGACGCACCGCAUCCUGGACAUCGACUGGUGCACCUCCGACAAGGUGGUCCUGGCCUCGGACGACGGCUGCAUCCGCGUGCUGGAGAUGGCCAUGAAGUCAGCCAGCUACAGGAUGGACGAGCAGGACCUCACCGUGAGAGGAGCUCAUGGAGACGUGCCGGGCCGCAGUGCCAGGGUGAUGCUGUUAGAGUAUGAUGCAGCGUGUGGGAGGGGUCAUUUAUGA